GAGCGCGUGCGCGAUCGAAUUCUCGUUUCUCGGCUGUUUAUUUUCUUCGCGCGUCGAAGAAAUAUCUCUCUCGGCUUUGUGAUCAUAAACACAGUUGUACUUUGAAAUUGUAGCUGUGCCAAAAUAGGAGAUGCAGUGAUCCGACAUAGACUCGUUUGAGUGUGAAAAGUUGAACGUAUAAAAGUGCAAAAAUGAAGCAGCUCAGUUUUAACGAGGUCGCGUGCGAUACGCGAUUUUACGCCGAGGGCAUGGAGAGUCUAACCAGAAAAAAUUUGAAGAGGAACCUUUUUCACGACGAUACAUAUAUUAGCGAUGUCACACCGAGAAAAGUGGCCAAGACGUGCGCGGGACAAUCGCUGAGCGAUUUGGAAGCAGAGCUGUUCGGCAAUAACCGCCUGCGCGAUUCGUACUCGUGGAACAAAUCCUUACCCGAGCCGCUGCAACAGAUGAUCAAGAUCGAACUGUCGCGCCAGACGAACAACAAUAAUCAAACGAAGAACCACAACAACGAGGACAUCGAGAAUCGAUACCGCGACUUCAAGCACUUGAGUCCGAGCCACUUGAGUCCAGAAAGUUGCAGCAGUUACGAGCACAACCGUAGCCCGUACUCGCAGCGUCAACAACAACAACAACAGCAGCAGCAGCAGCAGCAGCACAUUCAGCAGCAACUUGCGCCAAAGCCAAAGAGCUCGCCGAUAAAGACGGCACAGGGUACACCGUCGCCCACGCAACAGCAGCAGCAGCAGCAGCAGCUGCAAUCGUCUUCGCCACAGUUGACCGGGCCGGAACUCGCGAUGAAGGCCAAGAGUCGUGACGCGGCCAAGCACAGGCGCGAAAAGGAGAACCAGGAGUUCAACGAGCUGGCCAAGCUUCUGCCUCUGCCCUCGGCCAUCACCACGCAGUUGGACAAGGCCAGCGUCAUUCGGCUGACCUCGAGUUAUCUCAAGCUGCGCAAUCUCUUUCCCAAUGGUCUCGGUGACGAGUGGGGCGCUCAACCGUCGUCGGGCUGCAACGGCGAGACACAGAUACGCGAGCUCGGCUCGCAUCUGCUCCAGACCAUGGAGGGCUUCAUAUUCGUCAUCGAUCCGGACGGCAAGAUCAUGUACAUAAGCGAGACGGCCAGCGUGCAACUGGGCCUGUCGCAGGUCGAGCUCACCGGCAACAGCAUCUACGAGUACAUCUAUCCGGGAGAUCAUCAAGACAUGAAGAACAUGCUCAACGGCAAUUUCAUACAGCGCGACCCGAUGCCCCAUCCGAACGCCAACGGGGAGAUCGAGAUCCAUCGUUACUUCUUUCUUCGCAUGAAGUGCGUCUUGGCCAAGCGAAACGCCGGGCUCACCUUCAAAGGCUACAAGGUCAUUCACUGUAACGGCUACUUGAAGCUCAAACAGAAACAAGUCAGGGACGAGUACGGCGAGGUGGUCAACUACGAGCUCAUGAACGUGGGUUUGCUCGCUUUGGGACACUCGCUUCCACCGAGUGCCAACACGGAAAUCAAGAUGCAGUCCAACAUGUUCAUGUUCAGAGCCUCGGUCAAAUUCAAGCUCAUUUUCCUUGAUCAAGCUUCCCAACAAUAUACGAACUACGAACCACAAGAGCUGAUCGACAGGACGAUUUAUAAGUACGUGCAUCCUAUGGACGUGACGGUGUUGGAACAAGCACAUAGAUUACUGUUGUUCAAAGGUCAGGUAACGUCACGUUACUACAGAUUCAUGACGCGCGGCGGCGGCUACGUCUGGAUGCAGUCCUACAUGACCUUGGUGCACAAUUCGCGCGCCACCCGCCAGACCUGCAUCGUGGCCGUGAACUACGUUCUCAGCCAGCGGGAAUCGGCCGGCCUCGUGUUCGACGAGCUGCAGCAACUGGAGCCGCUGCCGCCCCCCUCGAGGAGUCCGCCGCGGGCCAGAAACGCGCGUCAGAUCAAUCACAGUCAGCAGCAGCCGCAUCCGGCGCCGCAGCCCCCACCUCCGGCCCAGCCGCAGCCGCAGACUCAUCUGAUGCCGGCUCAAAUGGAACUGCCCGUGGAGAACGACUACGCGCAGGAGGUCGGCGCCAAGCUCGUCGAGGACGAGGACUUUCAUUCGGACAAUUUUCCGUACAUGAUGCAACCCCUGGGUCAGAAUUACCCGAGCACGCCGCCCUCGCACUGCAGCAGCUUCAGCGGCGAUUACCCCUACCCCGGCUACUCGAUGGGAUCGAUGCAGCAGCAGCAGCAACAGAAUUCCUCGCCCAUGUCCAGCCUGCCCUCGUGCAUGCAGAGUCCGAGCAACAACGGUCUGCAGUCGAUGCAGCAGCAAUUCCAGCAGCAGAGCCCGCCGCUGGUUCAGCAGCUGAAGCAGAGCCCACCGCCGCAUCUGAGCUCGCCGCACUCCCAGCAGAUGAGUCCCACCGGCAUGCAGCAGAUGCAGCCGAGCCCACCGAGUCUGCAACAGAUGCAGCCGAGUCCCGCGAGCGUCCACGGGAUGCAGCCCAGCCCGCCGAGUAUGCAGCAAAUGCAGCCGAGCCCCCCGAGCAUGACGCCGGUGCAGCCGAGUCCGCAGAGCUUGCAGCAGAUGCAGCCCAGUCCCUCGAGCAUGCAACGAGUGCAGCCGAGUCCUCAGAGUCUGCAGUCGUAUCAGCAACAGAGUCAGCAGAUGCAGCAGCAGCAGCAGUUCCAACACAGCCCAUUGGCACAGGCGCAGCAACACAGUCCGUCGCAGAUUCAGCAGCACGAGUACCAGAGAGCCUUUUCGGCCUCGCCGAGCACUUGCGGUAGCUCCGAGGCUUGCGACGCUCAGAUGAAGACCUGCUACAACAACAAUGGCUAUCAGGCCGCGGAGAUGAAUCCGCAGGUGGCCAGCAUCGACGCGAGUGCAGCCAUGUUCUCAAACUUUAGCAACUACGUUCAGGACGAGUUCAGUAACGCGACCAUGCAGUUGAAUUACAACGGAUUCAGCUAUGACGGCUCCUCGGACGGCAGCGGCAUAAAUUACGGCAACGCGAACGCGAGUCAGCAGACUAGUGGUGCGUGCGCCAAAAUUCAACAACAGCAGCAGCAGCAGCUGCCUCUCACGCAGCUUCAGCACCAGCAGCAACAGCAUCAACACGAACAGCACCAGCAGCAACAGCAGAACCUGCAGCAGCUCCAGUGCAACGGGCACGAUUUGAACAUGUCGUUCUUCGGCGCGCCGCAGCAGUACAGUCCGAAUUCGAUGAUGCCGUCGCAGCAUCAGCAAUUCGUCCACUGAUAACAAUCGGUCGUUCUCGACCUCGUCGUCUUCGUCGACAAAUUUGAACUUGUCAUUGACAAUCGCGAAACGAGCCCCGAGAAGCUCCUCUUCGUCGAUGUCGACCGUAACGCCCAUGCGUUCUAGUCUGUGAUCAUCAUUGUUUUAUGAACUUUAUUAGAUAAUAAUAUAAAAUAAUGCGCUCCGAGAAGCACACGAGAAUGAACGCAAAUGUUCAAAACGAAUGUACGAAUGUACGAAUGAAUGUUGUAUGAAUGAGUUGAUGUAGUCUCAAUUAAUUCUGCGAAUUUCAAGUUUGCGUCGUUGAUCGCCAGAGCAAAAUUGAAUUCUUUGAAUGAUACAAAAACCAAAAAAAAUCAAAUGAUAAGAUCAUCACGAAAAAACGUUUUAACUUUAAAACCUGUGAUUAAACACUUUGAACUUGAAAUUCCUAUUGUAGAAAAAAUGUUAAAAUAAGUGUGACUUUUGUAAAUAUUAUGAAAAAUUAUUAUAAGGACGAAUAGCUCUAGACUUUAGACUUUUUAGAACUGUCGUUAAAAAUUUAAUUAUAAUAUGUGUUGACUUUGCAUUUCGGAAUUCGUAUACAAUUCCACAAGGCUCACAUUCCAUUUAGAAUAAAAAUCAAAGGGAAUAACAAGUAUACCUUUUGAACAAAUGUAAAUAAAUUGCUGUGGAACGAAAUCGACGAAACUGUUGUCCACAAUUGUUAUAAUGAA